GUGAACUGCGCCACACUGCCCACAGUUCAACAGGCUCAGUGCUGUGAGCAGGGCGCCAGUUUGUCAGCCAGCACGCCUGUCAACUGAUUCGCGCGGGAUGGCGUCCCUUUGAAGGAGAGAAGCAGAGACGUGCUCCCAGGCAGCCACUUUGAAAAGUUCCCAUGCUGUUGGGCUUGUAGUAUGGUCCCAGAUCCAGAUGUCUACAUGAAGUUUUGAUGAUGACCCAGGGCGUUAAUAAAAUCCAACCAACCAUGCAGGCAGCGGAGGUCCUGCUGUCAGGGGCAGCAGCACAGCCAGCCGAAACAUGGUCCUCAGCACAGGUUUUCAGGUUCAAGACAAGAGAGGACGCCGCAAACCCGCACGCAAAUGGAAAGAGCAAGUUGCCGAUAUGGCAAGUCAUGCAGGAGCUCAGCAGGGAGAUGCGUCAGGGGAACGGUCGGAGCGGGAGGCGAGCGGCUCAGGAUGUUUCACGGCAGGACGAACCGCUUGCAGAGAGGUGGAAGCUCCAGUCUGAGGGCUUGAGCAGUCAGGUUGCGAGUUUGAGAGCACAGCUUGCAGAGUCGCGGCGUAACCAGGAGUGUUUGCAGAAUGAUCUGUACGAAAGUAUGAGACGGGAGGCCUCCUUAAAGGCUAAGCUGGCGGCUGCUGACAGCAAGUUGGAUACUGUGGAGCGAUGGGCACAGGUUUUGGGACAGCACAUGGAGGAGGAGGUGUCGAGAAAUUUCUUGGAGUCUGACAAGAGGCAGCUGCAAAACCUGACAGAGUGCCUUGCCUUGGCCGUGAAGUCCAUGGCUCUUUUUGUGGGGUUGAUGGACAAGGACUCUAUGGGGCAGCUACGCUACACCUUCGUUCACAAUCAGAAGCAGUUCUUUGGGGAUGCGGACAUGGUUGGAAAACGGGAUGAUGAAAUCCUGCCGGUAUCGAUCCCUGGGGUUCGAGAGGGAAUGGCAAUAAAGCAGCGAGCUCUCGAGACCGGCACAACUGCUAGUGGAGAAAUCACCCUGAUGUUGCCUGACGCUUGCACACACUGGAUGCUGACUUGCGAGCCAAGGCGCGGCGAGAGGAGCGAAGUUGUAGGGGUUGCUGUUGCUGCUGUAAAUAUCACAGAGACGGUUGAAGGCAGGGCCCGGCUUGCCAAGUUGCAUUCUGAGAUUGCUGCAAGGGACGCCACAGAAGCAGAGCUGCGAAAGGCGAUUCGUCUGACAGAGGAGGCCGUCAAGACCAAGUCCAUGUUCCUGGCAAUCAUGAGCCACGAGAUGAGGACACCUCUGAACGGCGUUCUUGGCAUGGCACACGUGCUUAACACCACCCCUCUGGAUGAAGAGCAGCGCGAGUUGGUGGACGCCAUGCUGGCGUCAGGCGACACUCUGCUGGCCAUUGUUGACGACGCCGUUGACGUCAGGAAGCUCGAGUCAGGUGAAGUUUCCCAGCAACAACGCCCUUUCAACCCACACCAAAUCGUCAACCAAGUUCUGCAUAUGGCAGCCGCUGCUGUUCACAGCAAAGCAAUAACCUUUGAGGCCAAUAUCAGCAGCAACGUCCCAACCACGAUCCUUGGCGACGAGCUCCGCAUCCGCCAAGUCCUCACCAACCUAGUUCACAACUCCCUCAAGUUCACCAACUCCGGCUUCAUCCGCAUCGGCAUCUCCGUCUCCGACACCCCCCCUCCCUCAACCGAGCCCCCAACUUCAGACUCCCCCGACCCCCAGACUGCCACGUCUACUGAUGACAGCGGGUGCGACAGCAGCAUGACGAUUGCCGGUGGCGAGGGCACAGUUUCCGACGAGGCGAUGUCCAGAGGGUUCGGCCGGCGGCUGCUCAGUGCGCACGGCUUCCAGCUCCCGGAGUUCGACCUGGCUGAAACCAGCGAAGAAGAGCAGCACCCCGCGAGCACUCCCUCUUCCGUGCUCGACGUGGGGCCGCGAGACAUGGACGAAAGCGGGCCGGAGCGCCGGCCGUGCUCUGAGGAGCCGGCCGCAGGCGCUCCGUGCUCCGGUUGCGGCGUCGCGGCCGGAGCGGAGGGAAGCCGUUGCACGGAACGGGAGUGCGGGACAGGGGAAGACGGCCAAGGGACUAGUGGAUUGCACCGGUCGCUGACAAGGCACCGGUCCUUGGAUAAGCAGGUUUGGGAUGCGCCCCGCUCAGGGCCGGGGACGUCAGCCGAGCGGGGUCGGGGAAUGGAGCGUUUGCAGCGGCAGAGCAGCCGGAGCAGCAGCGGCGGCCGGCAGAUGAGCCCCAAAACGCCGCGGCGGGAUCCGCUCCGGCGAGCCGGAACCUUGGGGCCCGACCGCGCGAUACAGCGUGAGAACAGCCUCGCGAGCAUCAGUGAAGGGAUUUUGGAUUUCGACGAGGCCGUCGGGCGGAUCGAGGCCGAUCUGGACCAGAUCAAGUGCUCGCAGACGCUCUCACGAGAGAGCAGCCUGGACUCGGCGCCCGGGAGCCCCGCCGGGGGAUCCCUCCGGUGGCAACGACGCGGCCCGGACGAGAGCUCCGACCGCCCGGGCCCGCUCCAGAGGCAGCCCAGCUUUUCGUACGCGACGGAAGGGUUCUCCGCGGAGGUUUCGGACAGUCCGAACCUGAGGGCGCUCGGACGGAGCACCAGCGCGUAUCCGGAGAAGAUGGAAGGGUUUGGGAACCUCGACGAGCGGCGGACCGCGAGCGAGCACGCGUUCCGGCGGUGCGGCAGCUUCGAGGAGUGCGAGGAGGUGCCAAAAGUGUGGCUGCGGGUCUCGGUGGAGGACAGCGGGUGCGGCAUCCCGGAGGACGCAUUCCCGAUGUUGUUUGAGAAGUUCACGCAGGUGGACGCCUCCACAACUCGGCAGUACGGCGGCACGGGUCUCGGCCUGGCCAUCUGCAAGCAGCUGGUGGAAAACAUCCUGUGCGGAAAGAUGGAGGUCGAAAGCACGCUGGACCAGGGGUCAACUUUCACUUUCACCGUUCCUUGCCAAAAGUCGGCCACCGAUCCCGUUCCCCCACCGCAGCACGAGGCAUGCAGCUCCCCCGGGAGGGUUUGCGACGAGCAGGGGGAAACGGGAGGUGCCACGGGCGAGGCUCCAGAGGCGGGAAGUCUAGAGAGUUCCGACAUGGUUUGGAACGGGGGUCACACCGGCGAAGCUGAGCAGCGCUCGUUCUCGUUCCGGGGGGCAGGCCCCAGCAGGAAGCCGACCCCCCUGGACGUCCCUUGCUUCGAUCACGAGGAGCAGGACAGAGCGUCCCUUCCAGGGGACCCCGGACCAAGUCCCCACUCGUUAACCCCUUCCUCUGACCGCCCCUUAACCCCUUCCUCAACCCGGUCCUUAACCCCUUCCACAACCCGGCCCCUAACCCCUUCCACAACCCGGCCUCCAACCCCUUCCACCUCCCGGUCUCCAAAUACCCCUCCAGUGUCAACAGUCAGUCACCGGGUGUCGCCCGGGAAAGCGAAAAGCCGGCAGCCAGCGGCGAAGAUGGAGGCGGAAGCUCCGCCUCUUUCGCCGAACGCCCCGACGUCCCCCUUCCCGGCGCCCCCUCCACCAGAUAGCCUGCCGAGCCUGCUCCUCGUGGAGGAUAACAACAUCAACGUGGUCGUGGCCCAGUCGAUGCUCAAGCGGCUCGGCCUACGCGCAGACAUCGCCAGCAACGGCGUCGAGGCCGUGCGCGCGCUCGCGCACAAGACGUACCACAUGGUCAUGAUGGACAUCUGUAUGCCACGGAUGGACGGGCUCCAGGCCACGUCAGCAGUGCGGCGGUUUGAGGAGACGGGCGUGUGGCGGUUCGAUGUGCUGGACAGCGAGCUGAAGGAACUAGAGACCUGCCCCUCUCGGCCGGACUCUGGUUGCCAGCAAGGCAUCCACGUGCCCAUCGUUGCGAUGACGGCAAACGCAAUGGAGAUGGACGUCAACCGGUGCUACAGCCACGGGCUGGACGCCUUCAUUGCCAAGCCGGUCUCUUUCGCGAAGCUCAGGAGCGUCUUGACCCAUUUUUUGCCUUGGUAUAAGCUUGAAUUGAAAGGAGCAAAAGCGUAGGCUUGCUCUCUUGUAAAGUUGUUAUGAACUUAAAUAGGUAUACGUAGUGGGCUAAAAUUACAGUUAGUGCCGCUCGCUUGUAGAAUAAGCUCGCUGUUUUCAGUGAAAGGUAGUGCUGGAUGAACCGUGCAAGUCAUGGAAUGGUUGACCUGAACUUGGCCAUGUCGUCCCCAGGUUAUGACCAAUACUUCCCCGAUUUUGAACCUAGCGCUCUGAUACCUACCCCAAUGAAUACUACAGCUUUGGACAAAACGGUUCUUGUCUUAGCUUGUGUAGUGUUUUGCUUGGUCGAAAAGUGAGUAGUGACCGGUUCAGCGAAAUAGCGCUUGCUUCGCGACAAUCAGUCUCGGGUAGUCCCCUCUUCAGUGCAUGCGAAAGCUGGCUACAGCUAUAUUUGAAGGGUCCAACCUGGUGAUGAAC